AUGCUCGAACGGAUGCUCGAGAAGAAGCAAUCUUACAAUGAGUUGAUUAAACUUUUCAUAAAGCAAAACCAAAAAAUAUCCCAAUCAUCAGUUUUUCAGGGAAAUUUGUACGAGUAUACAGUGGUAAGAGAAUUGGAGGAAAAACUACAUAUGCAAAAGCUGGAGAAAAUUGGAGGAGCACAUGAUGAGGGGAUUGAUGUGAUAGGGAAAUGGGACUUAGUACCUAUCCGUGAGAAAAUGGAUCAACUUCUGGGAUCUCUAAGUCCAAUGUCUAAGAAUACUGAUCUAUUUUAUGAAAAGGGAGAGGUAGCUGCUGGUUCAACAGCUCGCAAAAAUAUGUUAUCUCAACCACUUAAUAUAAUGGUACAGUGUAAGGCAUUUACGAAGGCGAAGAUUUCUCCAAAGGAGAUAAGAGAAGUGAUAGGUACAUUUUCUACCAAAGUGCCAAAUAAUCAGCGAAAAAAAUCAAUAGCUCUAAUUUGUUCACCUCAUUUACUUACAAAAAGUGGAUUAAAACUAAUAAAUAGUACCAAUUUUGCUUUGAUCUUUCUUAGAAUUGAAACGAUGAGGCUCCUGAAUAAUGAAGAAUAUGAUGUAGUGAAUUCUGGAAAAUUGUUGAACUACUAUGAAAAUGCUUAUGCGUCAAAACUUUUGGAGAAUUACAGAAUAAAAGAAUGGAUAAAACUUUCUGCUUUCUCAAUUUAA